AUCAGUCGUACGAAUAACCGGACAGAACCAUAACGCGUUUUAUUUUUAAAUUCCACAUAUUAAAAUUUAAAAAAGUAUUAAUAGCUAUGAAGGUUAUUCUAAAAUAAGUCCCUAUGUCGUAAGGUUUGAAAUAAUAUUAAAUGAUGUAUGUAAGGUUGUUAUGUGUGGUUGAAAUUGUUUACAAAAAAUUUUAACAGUGUACUUAUUGAGUGAAUUUACAAUAAGAGUGACAAAUAAAGUUGAUAAAAAUGUUAGGGUUCGUAUCGAAAGUGUUUAAAUAUAAGUAUUUAUCAAAACAGGAUUUGAAAGGAUUUAGUAAAUAUAAAUACAGUGCAAUAGAUACCAGUCCCCUAAGCCAAUAUUUAAUGCAUCCGUCAUGGAAUACAGCUGUAAAAUUCAUUCCAGACAGCAUAGCUCCGAACCUGAUAACGUUCGUCGGGUUCCUCUUCAUGGUGGCAGAUGUAGCCGUGCUCACCUGGUUGGACUAUGACGGCACAGGGAGCAAUGUACCUGGGUGGGUGUUCACUAUGUGUGGGACCUUGCUGUUCCUGGCUUAUAAUCUCGACGGUAUAGACGGCAAGCAAGCUCGCAAGAUCGGGGUUUCUGGCCCUCUGGGGGAGAUGUUCGACCACGGCCUGGACUCUUAUGUGGUCUUCUUUAUCCCCUACUGCCUGGCUUCUAUCUUCGGGAGGGAUGAAUUUUCGCUGCCACCACUCAGAGGUUUCCUAGUAAUAAUGAGCAUAACCCUGAAUUUCUAUGUGAGUCACUGUGAGAAGUACAACACUGGGACUUUGUACCUGCCGUGGGGGUACGACCUCAGUAUGUGGGUAUCAUCAAUACUAUUCGUCAUCGCAGGCGAAUGUGGCACUGACGCGUUCAAGUUCUACGUCAUCGGUGAUGUCACCUUCAUUCAGGUCUUCGAGGUGGUCAUCCACGCCACUGGCUUCCUCACCACACUACCUAUAGCCGUGUAUAAUGUUUACUUAUCUUACAAAGCCCGUACAGGUAAGUUGUACCCUCUGCUAGAAGCGCUGCGCCCAGCGUGGUCGAUGCUCAUGUUAAUAGUAGCCAUCACCACGUGGGCGGUGUGGUCGCCCAACAACGUGCUGGAAUACGACAUGAAAGCCUUCCUGUUACUGUAUGGCACCUUGUUCAGCCACAUUUCUAGUCGCCUGAUAGUGUGCGAGAUGAACGGACAACGCUGUUCCGUGUUCUGCCCGGUAGCCUGGCCGCUGCUCGUCGGUGUUGCCAUCUCACUCUACCACCCACAAUUGGAGCUCUCUGUCCUUUAUUCUCUGCUGGGUGCCUCUCUUCUCGCGCAUGUGCACUACGGCGUUUGUAUCGUUCGCCAACUAUGUGAACACUCCAAUGUCAGCUGUUUCACAGUUCCUAAAGCAAAAACAAAAUAAAAUUUCAGUUUGUAAACAUUAUUAAAUAUUUAUUUAUAAGUAAUCGUUUUAAUUAGGCAUAAAUUUCAACAUGUAUUAAUUUAAAAUUUAUUGUAGUUUAAAUGUAAAGCCAUUUAGUUCAACUUUAAUAAUAAUAAAAUUUUGUACAAUUUUUAGCAAAUAUUUCAAUUAUUCUAAUGUACCUACUAAUAUAAUUUAAAAGGCACUUCCAAAUACCUUACAAAGCACAAGUAUUUGCGAACCUGUCUUCCCAACUAUCCUGUUAAAAAAACAUUCAGGUACUCAGCGAAAAUAUGACACCACGACACAAUCUAAUUCACAAAAUAAUACGUAAUUUAAUAUAGGAUAGCGAAAAAAUGAGCAAUCCAACAUCGCAACGCGAAAAGCUGCGCAGCCUCCGCUACAAGUGCAAGAGAGACAGCUAUAUUUGUACAAGCGCUGUACACAACUCCGUCUUUAAAUUAUACGUUCUCAUAGCCUUGUAGCGCUUCGGACGUUUUGUAGAAGGGCGGAUGUUAUGUUACGCCCUGUCGCAUUUUUAACUUUAUGUCGUAGUAUUGUUCGUAUAUUGUCGUUUGGCUGAUGUUGCGAGUUAGGGCGUUUCAAAUUCGUUGAGAAAUUUAGUAAUGGGGGGUGCAAGACAUGGACACCGAAGUCGGGGUUUAGAAUUUCAGUACAGCUUCGGAUAGCUACGAAGCGCUGCUUUGUUAGUUGUCCAAUUGUUUACCGUAUUUUUUUUCUACGCGGCUAUUAUCAUGUAUGAAAAAUUGUAAACCGGAUCUGUUUGAAAUUAAACGCGACGUUCGAAAAUUUGAACUUUUAAAUACUGGACGCGAUCUAUUGUAUUCUUAAAUAACCUUUAAAAAUACUUUUAAAACUAUAAAACUUAAGAAAAGUGGACUUGGGAGACUUUUUACAAACAGUGUGACUUUUAUAGUGGUUUGUGUUACGUUAAAAAUCGCUCAAAUUUUAUUUUUCGUUUGCGUGUAUUGUUAUGAAGACGUAAAAAAAUAUAAUUUAGGUAAGUGUGGUGUUUGACCGAAAUUUGAAAUUAACCGUAACAUGAAAUUUUGUGGUGGUGUGGAUAUUGGCAUGAGUCGAUUUUGAAAAUCAAACGCAUGCAUUGGAUUGGAUGAUUUAUACAAAAAUAAUUGAAAACAAAUUGAGGUGGCUUUGCAAAAUUACUGAAAAAGUAACUUUUAAGAUUAAUUUUACGGUACCAUGGUAUCAUUACGAACAUUUUACUUUAAGAAAUAUAUUUUAAAUUAAAAUCUACCUAAUUAUGUUGAUAUAAAAAUUAAAUUGUUUUGCGUGCCGUCGUUUAGGAUCCGUCGGAGAUCAUUUUCUUAAGGAUGUUGUAAGAUUCUUAUUUAAAACCCUUUUUAGGUAAGCUCACAGACGAAUUGAAUAGAUUGACACUUUAUUUUUCAUAUAAAAUUAAAUUAGUUAUACACAAAAUGAUUUUAAAACCUUUUAACGAAUGACGGCAUUCUCUCCAGCCAACAUUUGACUAAAGGGAUGUAGGUACGGUGACGAGCAUUAAUAUGUAUACACUUUGGUACCAUGUCACAUUAACUUUUUUGACAAAUUGAACUGUAAGUCUCACUAAAUGUCAAAUAUGUUAGUGCGACAGAGUACUAAAGUGGGUACAUUAUAUUGCACAUGACUGUACCUACCUAAACCAAUCUACUUAUAACGUUUACCUAUUUAUUUACCAAUUAUUCUUAAUUUAAAAAGUAAAAAUAAAUACCUAUAAUAGACCGCUAAAUUCAAACUAAGAACUUGUUAAUUUUGUAUUCAAUUAAUUUAUUUUAAUAAUUUGUAAAUUAGGAUGUAACUUUCCGUAAAAAAUAAUAAUAAAAAAAAACA